CAUGUACCCCCUUCACUAAAUUCCCACAGUGACUCUGUAACCUUGGCAGCUCAGGUGUCCCUGUUUCAAUAGAGGUCACAUGAGUGAGUGAGUGUACAGCUGGACUAGAGUCCUUUGCCACCAACUUCCAUUCUCGUGAGGCUCUAGGCUCCAGCUGUAGCCGGAACAUCUGCCUGCAGACUGGGCUCAUGCUGCCCAUCCUAACUCUGACGAUCUUCUGUUGACCGCUCUAGGCUCCUUGAAUACAGAACUGGAUUGUACGGUUGUUGAGUGGACCUAGAUACUGCGGAAUAGUCCAGGCCCUGCAGGACAUAGGUUGCUUCUCACCUUCUGAUGCGGAUUGGGAUGACCUGUGGGAGCAGUUUGAUGAGCGGCGGUAUCUGAAUGUCAAAAAGUGGCGCGUUGGCGACGAUCCCUACAAGCUGUACGCUUUCAACCAGCGGGAGAGCGAGCGGAUCUCCAGCAAUCGGGCUGUCCCAGACACACGUCAUAAGAGAUGUUCGCUGCUGGUAUACUGCAUGGACCUCCCCCCCACCAGCAUCAUCAUCACCUUCCACAACGAGGCGCGCUCCACUCUGCUCAGAACCAUCCGCAGCGUGUUAAACCGCACCCCGACGCAUCUGAUCCAGGAAAUCAUAUUAGUGGAUGACUUCAGCAAUGACCCUGAGGACUGCAAGCAGCUCAUCAAACUGCCCAAGGUGAAGUGCUUGCGUAACAGUGAGCGGCAAGGUCUGGUCCGGUCCCGGAUACGGGGUGCUGACAUUGCCCAAGGCGCCACUCUGACAUUCCUGGAUAGCCACUGUGAGGUGAACAGGGAUUGGCUGCAGCCCCUGUUACACAGGGUCAAGGAGGAUUACACAAGGGUAGUAUGUCCUGUGAUUGACAUCAUUAACCUGGACACCUUCAAUUACAUUGAGUCUGCCUCAGAGCUCAGAGGGGGGUUUGACUGGAGCCUGCACUUCCAAUGGGAGCAGCUCUCCCCAGAGCAGAAGGCUCUGCGCCUGGACCCUACUGAGCCCAUCCGGACUCCCAUCAUAGCUGGAGGGCUCUUCGUGAUCGACAAAGCCUGGUUUGAUUACCUGGGUAAAUAUGAUGUCGACAUGGACAUCUGGGGUGGAGAGAACUUUGAAAUCUCCUUCCGAGUAUGGAUGUGUGGAGGCAGCCUGGAGAUCAUCCCCUGCAGCCGGGUGGGGCACGUCUUCAGGAAAAAGCAUCCAUAUGUUUUCCCUGAUGGAAACGCCAACACAUACAUAAAGAACACCAAGCGGACAGCUGAAGUAUGGAUGGACGAAUACAAACAGUACUACUAUGCAGCCCGGCCUUUCGCCCUGGAGAGACCCUUUGGGAACAUUGAGAACAGGCUGAACCUGAGGAAGAAUUUGCACUGCCAGACCUUCAAGUGGUACCUGGAGAAUGUCUACCCAGAACUCAGGGUCCCCCCAGACUCCUCCAUCCAGAAGGGCAACAUCCGGCAGAGGCACAAGUGCCUAGAGUCUCAAAAGCAGAAAAACCACGAGACUUCACACCUCAGGCUAAGCCCCUGCACCAAGGUCCAAGGAGAAGCAGCAAAGUCGCAGGUGUGGGCGUUCACAUACACCCAGCAGAUCAUCCAGGAAGAGCUGUGCCUAUCUGUUGUCACCCUGUUCCCUGGUGCCCCGGUGGUUCUUGUUCUGUGCAAGAAUGGGGAUGAAAGGCAGCAAUGGACGAAGACAGGCGCUCGCAUUGAGCACAUAGCAUCCCACCUCUGCCUGGACACAGACAUGUUCGGUGACAGCGCCGAGGACGGAAAAGAGGUCGUGGUCAACCCUUGUGAGUCCUCACUCAUGAGCCAGCACUGGGACAUUGUGAGCUCGUGAGGACCCUGGGCAGAUCCAGCUGUGGAUCAGGGAUGGUGCUUCCCUGGACCAAGGCAAACUGGAACCCAGGCUGUGAACAGCCCACGUCUGCACCAGAUGCCCUCGACUGGAGGUAGCGCAAAGGCCCCCAGGACAGGAGCAACUGCCUCAGGGAAGGUGGAGGAAAAGGUGGCAAACCAGCAGGGCCCAACAACACCCACAUGUGUGCAAUAUUGGAAAGGUCCAUCCUGGCCAGGUUUUCCAAAUGGGACCUGGAGAUGGGGAGCCGAUGGGAAGCGUUUGUUGUGCCCUUUCUUAUGAAACAAGGCGCUUUAUGGAGGCCAGAGGGAAAGGCUCUCCUUGUUGCUGCGCCAGGACUGCAUGGAGAGAUGAAGAAUGGAGAUGGUUUUCAGAACAAAUAAAGAUAACAUUGGAAGUUUUCCUUUGAUAA